UUUAGGGUUGAAUGUUUGAUUGUUGCCAAUGAUGCAACAGUGAAAGGGGGUUCAUACUAUCCAAUCACUGUGAAGAAACACAUCCGAGCGCAGGAGAUUGCAAAACAGAACCAUCUUCCCUGCAUUUAUUUAGUUGACUCCGGUGGUGCAAACCUCCCACGACAAGCAGAUGUGUUUCCAGAUCGAGACCAUUUUGGACGCAUCUUUUAUAAUCAGGCCAUUAUGUCUUCAAUGGGAAUUGCUCAGAUUGCUGUGGUCAUGGGUUCAUGUACAGCAGGAGGGGCAUAUGUACCUGCCAUGGCUGAUGAAAGUAUUAUUGUGAAGAAUCAAGGAACAAUUUUCUUAGGAGGCCCACCUCUGGUGAAAGCUGCAACUGGUGAGGAGGUGUCAGCUGAAGAACUUGGAGGAGCUGAUCUACACUGCAGAAAGUCUGGUGUUACGGAUCACUAUGCCUUGGAUGACUCCCAUGCACUUCAUUUGGCACGAAAGGUUGUACGAAGUCUCAACUAUCAGAAGAAACUUGAUGUAACAGUGGAAGCCCCAGAAGAACCACUUUUCCCUGCAGAAGAGUUGUAUGGAAUAGUUGGUGAUAACCUGAAAAGAAGUGUUGAUGUUAAAGAGGUCAUUGCCAGGAUAGUGGAUGGAAGCAGAUUUAAUGAAUUCAAAGCCUUUUAUGGGGACACUUUAGUUACAGGAUUUGCAAGGAUCUUUGGAUAUCCAGUUGGCAUUAUUGGAAACAAUGGAGUUCUUUUCUCGGAAUCUGCCAAAAAGGGAACCCAUUUUAUUGAACUUUGCUGUCAGCGGAAUAUCCCUCUCAUUUUUCUACAGAACAUCACAGGUUUCAUGGUUGGGAGAGAGUACGAAGCUGGUGGAAUAGCUAAAGAUGGGGCUAAAAUGGUGACUGCCGUUGCAUGUGCAAAUGUUCCUAAAAUCACUGUAAUUGUCGGCGGUUCCUAUGGAGCAGGAAACUAUGGAAUGUGCGGAAGAGCAUAUGGCCCAAGGUUUCUCUACAUGUGGCCCAAUGCACGCAUCUCUGUUAUGGGUGGUGAACAAGCUGCGACUGUUUUGGCUACAAUUACAAAAGACCAAAGGGCAAGGGAUGGAAAGGAGUUCUCUGCAGAAGAUGAAGCAGCUCUAAAGGAACCAAUCAUUAGGAGGUUUGAAGAAGAAGGCAGCCCUUACUACUCCAGUGCCAGAUUGUGGGAUGAUGGCAUAAUUGACCCUGCUGACACAAGGCUGGUGUUGGGUUUAAGUCUAAGUGCGGCACUCAACGCACCCACAAAGAAAACAAACUUCGGAAUCUUCAGGAUGUGAACUUAGCAUUUAAUUAUUCGACAGAAUAUUUCCCAAGUUUUGGCUAUGGCAGAAGUAACAUCGUUACAUUCUGUGUAAUAAAAUUUAAAUUUCCAA